ACUGCGAAUCUGAAUACUUCGUGCCAGCCCUAACUUCCUUCUUCUCUCUCUUCCCUCUCUUUGUUCGUCUCUCUCUCUCUCUCUCUCUCUCUCUCUCUUAAUCGAUCGUAUCAGAAUCAGAGAAAUUUGGGGGGGGCCUCAAGUGAUGGCAACGGCAGCUCAACCUUUUAGUGGCAACCUGAAGAGAGCUCUUGCUGGCCUGAGACGUAUCAAUUUGGAAGGUCUGAGAUGGAGAGUAUUUGAUGCCAAAGGCCAGGUCCUCGGAAGGUUAGCAUCUCAAAUAUCAACUGUGAUUCAAGGCAAGGACAAGCCAACAUAUGCACCUAAUCGCGAUGAUGGGGAUAUGUGCAUUGUGCUCAAUGCAAAGGAUAUCUGUGUCACAGGGAGGAAACUUACAGACAAGGUUUAUCACUGGCAUACUGGGUAUGUGGGUCAUCUCAAGGAAAGAAGUUUAAAAGAUCAGAUGGCAAAGGAUCCUACUGAGGUUAUUCGCAAAGCUGUCAUGCGCAUGCUUCCGAGAAACAAAUUGCGUGAUGACAGAGACAGGAAGUUGAGGAUAUUUGCUGGCGGUGAGCACCCGUUUAGCGACAGGCCUCUUGAACCAUACGUGAUGCCUCCUCGACAAGUACGGGAACUGCGUCCACGCGUGAGACGAGCCAUGAUUCGAGCUGAGAAGAAGGCUGAGCAACAAAAACAGGGUGGUAUGGAUACAAGAAAAGGGAGAAAGAAGGAAGAGGAGAAAGCAGAACUGAUCGAAGCAUGAAGAGUGCUGGAGUUACAUACGAAUUCGUAGCCAAAGCUUUUGCUUAUUUCUCCUGUAACUCAAAAAGGUGGCAUUUCCAUGUCAAGUCUUGUGGCCGAUCUUGAAAGUUUGUUGGUUGCCAAGAUUUUGGUUAGUUUUUCUUAUGUUUUUUCUUUUUGGGAUUGGUAUGUACUUUUCAUCUCUGGACUCUGUUGCAAGCCAAAUGGGCCCAGUUAGCCUUGGGGCCGAUCUCUUUGUACCAAGUGUGAUAGAUUUGUUGCACUUCUUAUGAUUCUGAAGGAUCUUAUACAUUCAUUCAAGGUUAGAAAAGAUUCAAAUUAUCGUCA